GGAAGUUUUCACCGGUUGAAGACAGCUCACCGUAAGCGGCGACAAUGCCAGUCAUUAAUGUAGAAGAAUUGACAGACAAGGACAAAGCAGUAAUGGAAGUAAAUCAGCUGAAAAUUGAGGUGAAGCUUGAACGGGCUUUGGUAUCUAAAUGUUGUGAGGAGAUGAAAGAGUUCAUUCAGAGCGGCGAAGACGAUGAUAUUCUUCUCAAAGGCAUUCCGGAAGAGAAAAACCCCUUCAAGGAGAAAGGCGGAUGUGUUAUCUCCUAA